AUGGCGCUCAACAAAUACGACUGGAUUCUUGGUCUUAUCACUAUCUCCUUCUGUGUUUCGGCCUUCAGCAACGGUGCCAACGAUGUGGCCAAUUCGUACGCCACAUCAGUUGCCGCGCGCACUCUGACCAUGCCACAAGUCGGUGUGCUUGCUGCAAUCACCGAGUUUGUUGGUGCUGUGGCUUUGGGUUCGCGUGUUACCAAGACCAUCAAGAGCGGUAUCAUCGACAUCAAGCGCUUCAACGGCAGGCCCGGCGUCCUUAUGCUGGCGAUGGCCUGCGCCGAGACUGGCUCGGCCAUCUGGCUUGCUAUUGCUACUCGCUUGGGUUUCCCCGUUUCGACUACUCAAACGAUCAUCGGUGCUCUCGUUGGUGUUGGUUUUGCUUCGCAGGCCAGCAUCUCCUGGAGCUGGAAGAAGGGUUCCGUGUCUCAGACCGCCGCAUCGUGGGGUAUUGCUCCUGCGAUUGCUGCUGGUUUCUCUGCCAUUAUCUUCGCCACCCUUAAGUGGGGUAUUCUUGAACGCCAGAACUCUAUGGCUUGGGCUAUGCGCUUGAUCCCGCUCUACCUUUCUAUGACCUGUGCGAUUCUGGCCCUGUUCAUUGUCGUCCAGACCCCUACGUCCCCUUCGCUUGAAGCGUUUGGUGCUGGUAAGGCCGUUGGUAUCAUCUUGGGUGUGCUCUUCGGCUGCCUCCUCGUUUCAUAUGUGUUCUUUGUGCCCUACUUCCAUCGCCGUCUGGUCCAGGGCGACAAGCGUAUUCGUGCCCACCACAUUAUUCUUGGCCCUCUUCUCCUGCGUGAUGACCCGCCUCUGUUCUGGACCAACACCAAGGCUUCGGGUACCAUUGCGGACGACGACAGUGCCAUGACCCACACUGUGAGCGAGUCUGAGACGAUCCAUGGCCAGGAUGUGAAGAACAUUGACGGUGAUCUUGAGAACAAUGCCACUGUUGUUGCGCCCAAGCCCCUGGGCAAGAGAAAGAUCACGCCCGAGGAGCGUUUCCUUGCGCCGAACAGGCACCUGCCCAGGUACCACCCCCGCCGCCUGACGGGCUACUUGCUCUUCGGCUUGCUCCACGGUGUCACGGUUGACUGUGUUGACUUUAGCAAGGAUCAGCUCGCGGAGAUCCACUCCAAGGCGCGUACUUACGAUGCCAAGGUCGAGCACUUGUGGACCUACCCCCAGAUGCUCAGUGCCAUUAUCAUGUCUAUCGCGCACGGUUCCAACGAUGUCUCGAACGCAAUUGGCCCCUGGGCUGCUGCGUACGAUGCGUGGAAGACGAUGACGGUGCGCGCGGACUCGGCCACUCCCGUGUGGAUGCUUGUCGUUGCCGGUCUUCUGCUCGGUAUCGGUUUCUGGUUCUUUGGCUACCACAUUAUCCGUCAGCUGGGCAACAAGCUGACCAAGAUGUCGCCUACUCGUGGUUUCUCUAUUGAGCUUGGUGCUGCCAUCACCGUACUGCUUGCUUCGCGUCUGUCGCUGCCUGUCUCGACGACGCAGUGUCUGACCGGUGCUGCUAUGGGUGUUGCUCUUAUGAACCUUGACGCCGGUGCGCUGAACUGGAAGGCUAUGGCCUGGAUCUUUGGUGGUUGGGUGUUUACUCUUCCGUGCGCUGGUCUCAUUGCGGGACUGCUCAUGCUUAUGAGCCUCAACACCCCGCACUUCUAA